CCUUUCUUUGUCUUUUUGGACUCGAAUAGUCGGAUUUCCUCUCUCUUCUUCUUCUUCUCUGAAACGCCAUAUCCGAAGACUGAGAGGUGCGAUCCCUACGGCAUCGGACUUCUUAUAGACAGAAAUAGAUAGAUAUGGGAACUCUUCAGUCUUGGCGCAAAGCAUACGGAGCCCUAAAAGAUCACACAAAAGUCGGACUCGCUCAUGUUAACAGCGAUUUCAAGGAUGUGGAUGUUGCGAUCGUUAAAGCUACUAAUCAUGUUGAAUGUCCUCCUAAAGAAAGACACAUUAGAAAGAUUUUGCUGGCUACAUCCGCAGUUCGUCCUCGAGCCGAUGUAGCGUACUGUAUACAUGCCCUAGCUAGGCGAUUGGCAAAGACGCGUAACUGGACGGUGGCUCUCAAGACAUUGAUUGUCAUCCAUCGGACAUUAAGAGAUGGAGAUCCUACUUUUAGAGAAGAACUUCUUAACUUCCAACAAAGAGGACACAUUCUUCAACUGUCUAACUUUAAAGACGAUUCAAGUCCCAUUGCUUGGGAUUGUUCUGCCUGGGUACGUACAUAUUCUCUCUUCCUGGAGGAACGCCUUGAAUGCUUUAGGAUUCUAAAAUAUGAUAUUGAAGCUGAGCGUCUCCUGAGACCUGGGCAAGGACAGGAAAAGGGUUAUAGCAGAACCAGGGAGUUGGACAGUGAAGAACUAAUGGAGCAAUUGCCUGCUUUGCAGCAACUGCUGUAUCGUUUAAUUGGCUGCAGGCCUGAAGGAGCAGCAGUCGGCAAUUAUGUUAUACAGUAUGCUCUUGCUCUGGUACUCAAAGAGAGUUUUAAAGUUUACUGUGCCAUCAAUGAUGGAAUUAUCAAUCUGGUCGAUAAGUUUUUUGAGAUGCCUAAGCAUGACGCAAUGAAGUCUCUCGACAUAUACAAACGUGCUGGCCAGCAGGCUGGUAGCCUUGCUGACUUCUAUGACGUGUGCAAAGGGUUGGAACUUGCUAGAAAUUUUCAGUUUCCAGUUCUAAGAGAACCUCCACAAUCAUUCCUUAUAACCAUGGAAGAGUAUAUAAAGGAGGCACCAAGAAUGGUUUCUGCUCCAAUAGAGACAUUGGAACUUCCAGAGAGGCUAUUAUUGACAUAUAAACCAGACGAAACUGAUCUUCCUGAAGAGUUGGAAGCAUCCCUAGAUGAUCAUUCACCGCCUCCACGUGACGUCUCAAACGUGGAGCUUCCAUCUCCUCCCCCUCUAUUUCAGACCCAAUUUGAGAGUAGAGAUUUGCUGGGACUAUCCGAUACCACACCAAAUGCAACUACGAUUGAGGACAGCAAUGCUUUGGCUCUAGCCAUUGUCCCAAUUGGUUCAACUUCUUCAUCGUUUGAGGUGAGUUCUUCUCAAACCAAAGACUUUGAUCCAACUGGAUGGGAACUUGCAUUGGUCACAACACCUAGCAGCAGCAAUAUUGCCUCGGUUAAUGAGAGGCAACUGGCGGGUGGACUGGAUACACUAACCCUGAAUAGCUUGUAUGAUGAUGGGGCAUAUAGAGCUUCUCAACAGCCAACGUACGGAGCUCCAGCUCCAAAUCCGUUUGGAACUCCCGACCCAUUUUCCUUCUCAAACAACAAUGUAUCUUCUCAAUUCCCAACUAUGGGGGGUCAUGUAGACAAUCCAUUUGGUCCUUACCAGCAGCCAGCCUAUCAUCAGCAGCAUCAACAUCAUCAGCAUUUGAUGAAUAUGGGACCACCAGCCAAUCCCUUUGGAGAAACAGGUUUUGUAGCUUUUCCAACCCAUCCUCAACAGAACAAUCCGUUUGGAACCACUGGCUUGAUCUAAACCUAGUUUGGAUAUAUGGUGUACUACGUUUGGAGGUUGAUUUCUUCUUCUUUUUUAUAUUUGAUGUGCACUUGUGUAUUCUGUGAGUGUCUCCGGGUAUAUAGAUAGAUAGAUUUAAGAUGAUUUUUACAGUUUGGGUCAUUAUGUCUUUGUAAAAAAAGAGGCAAUUUGAACAUUGAAGAUGACAAGAGUCCCCAGUGGUGGGACAACAUUAAGCCAUUCUUUGUUGCUAUAUUCUUCAUCCAUGCUUCAUUUUUUUUAAGGCCCUAUAAGUGCUUUUAUCUCUUGUAUAUCUUACUAUGUUGUGAAAGUUUAUUUUGUUCCA